UAUUUUGUAAAAAUGUAAUGUAAAUAAUCAGUGUUUUUAAUAUCUUACGUGCGAAAAAAAUAAUACGUUUCGACGGAAUGCGCAAUGUGAAAUUUGUUUUAGAUUCCUUUUCCAAUAAUUUCUUUUUGGCGCAAAAAGAAUUUCUUAAUAGGCAAAAUUUUCUCAUCAAUUAUAUUAUUUUACAAUUGCAUAAAUACAGGUAGUAUUAAAAUUAUCAUUUUUAAUAUAAUGAUUGCAGAAAUAGGCACAGAAGGCUUUCAGCCAAUGACAAAUUUUAGUGAAAAAAAUUUAUUUAAGUUACAAUGUUUAAUUAAAGCAACAAAUAUACAACAUAGUGCACAAUGUGAAUAUGGAAAAAGAUUAUUUUUAGCACUUACAACAGGAAAUGCUGAAAUUUUUUUAUAUUAUAAAAAAAAUUCAACAUCUACUGCAAUUAUUAGAAGAAUACCUUGGUUUCAAGGAUCUCAUAAACAAAUCUCAGCUUUAUGUUUUCAUUCAAUGGGAUCAUGGUUAUUAUCUACAAGUGUUGAUGGAUCUGUAUAUAUAAUUCCUGCUCUGUGCUUUGUAGAUGAAAAUUGUGAGAAAGAUAAGAGAUGGACUAGUGAUGAUAUAACUUCUUUUCCUUCUAUUAGUUCACAAUCAUCUCAUUCAAAACCUACUGCAAUAGUAUGGUGGCAAAGUAUACUAAUACCUGCUGAAAUUGGUAUUAUUGGGACAGAAUAUGGAGAAAUCAUAUUUAUUAAUCUUGAAACUGGCCAUCAAACAAAUGUUACACAAAUUAAAGGAAAUAUCAUUAGUCUGCAUAUUUGUCGUGACCAAAGUAAUGACAUUGUAUCUCUUCUGAUAACAAGUCAAUCCAGAAGACAAUGGAGAUUACUUUUAGAACAGCGUACAUAUAGUUGUUUGCAUCAUUUAGAAAAUGGAGAAUCAUAUAAUGCAUUACAUACAAAUGAUAACAUAUAUGAUAACACCAAAAUAUUUGCUUCUACUAGAUCUAGAUUGCAAGGACUCAAGCAAUUGUCUGUGGAUAAACUUGCAAUACUCAGACAAAAAUUAAUAGAAACAAAAAGUCAGACAUUAGGAGAAAAUUUGCAGUAUCAUGAUAUUACAAAUAAUCGAAAUACUCAAAAUACAACUAUUAAUUCUGAAUCUUCAACAGAAGUAAAUCAGAAUCAAAUAACACCAGAAGUGAUGUCAAAAGAAGUAUUUCUAAUGUCUCAAUUAGACAGAGAAGGACAUCAAUUAUAUACAUGUUAUCAUUCUAUUACAAGUCAAAUAUUGGUAUAUGGACCUAAUUUUACUACUGUACCUCUAUCAGCACAUAAAGUAUUUGAAUCAUGUAGAAACAUUUUAUUAACUCAACGAUUUUUUUUUAUUACUGAUGUUAGUCAACGUAUAAUAUAUGUAAUAUCAGAUAGAUUAUCUGAAACUCGUAGGAAUGAUAAUGGUAAAUUUAAUCCAGAAUGUAUUGUUGGUCAUUUUUCUUUAAUAAAUAGUAAAGAAGUAAUACGUGCUGUGUACAGAGCUAUUGAUUGUACAAAUAAUUCAUCAACAAUACUUUCUGAAGAAAUUAAAAAUAAAUAUACAUUACCAAAAGGAAUAAAAGAUAUUAAAAUUGAAUUACCUCAUGUGGAUACAUGUAUAAUUGUAACAAAUCAUUCUGUAUAUAAAAUUGUUUUAAGAAAACCAAUAUUAUCAAUUUUUAUGGAAUUAGUAUUAAAAAAUAAUGAACUCGAAAAAGCAGCAAAAUUAGCUAUAAUAUUUGGUAUAAAUGCACAACAAUUAUUAGAGCAAGCUGGUGAUAUACUUUUAAUGAAUAAAGAAUUUCCACGUGCAGUAGCUUGUUAUAAAUUGUCUAAAUGUAGAAUAAUGAAGAGCAUGUUAAAAUUUGCAUCUGUUGGAUAUACAGCAGAUUUACUACGUUGUCUGACACAUUGUUUAGCUUCUCCAGCUAUUAGUGAAUUACCUGUUGCACCAAGAAUACAUCUUUCUAAUUUAUGUGUUUUAGCUUUUAUUGAACGGACGCUUAGAAUUUCAUCUCAGAAGUCCAAAGCUAUAUAUAAAGAAUUUUUAUAUUUUUUAUCUACAAAUUCUUUUUAUGAUGAGUUAUUAGCAGUUAACAUCGCUGGACAGGCAUGUUUAUGGGAGGUGUUGCAUCAUUUAGCAACACAAAAGGGUCUUUAUGGACAAAUGUUAGAUAUUCUUAUGAGGACAAUACAUAAUUUCAGUACAAGCAAUUUCCAACCAACACCAUAUGGCUUAUUAAUAUGUAUAAGUGAACCAAAUCUAAUGCAAGCAAUGUUAGUAUACCCUGAGUUAGCUAGAAAUCACAUGUCAUUUAUACUUGAUAAUCUUCAAAAUUCUCAAAUUUUUGUAUUGCAAAGAUUAGUAACACUAUACGAUCCAACGAAUCCAGUAAUAAGACCUAGAGUAGUACGAUGCCGAUUACGUCAUAGAACUACUUCGCAUAGUUCUCAAUCUAGUCAAUGUGAUUCUAUAGAUCUCAUGGAAAAUGAUGAGGCUGAUACAUUAAUAGAAGAAAUCAUAGAAACUUUUUUACUAAUUUUAUUAACUUUGAUUUGUAAAAAAUCUAUUUUACAUCAAGAAUCUACUACAUAUAAUAUUGAUUUAUUAGCUCUUAAGAAGGAUCACAAUAAUUCUAAUUCUGGUGUUGAUUUCAAGAGAAGGCCAUUGUGUGCAGGAUUUUCUCAUGUUGCUCUUAUCAGAAAUGGAAAUGUUUAUACAUGGGGAAGUUCUGUGCAAGGAUGUUUAGGCACUGGUUCAUCUGUAUUAAGAUAUGGUUCACCUCAAGUUAUAUCUUUCUUUUGGAUAAUGGAAAUUGAGGUUCUCAGUGUAUCUUGUGGUCAUUGUCAUACUUUGGCAGUAACUAAUAAUGGCGUUUAUGCAUGGGGAUCAAGUCAGUUUGGUCAAUUGGGUUUGGGUAAAAUUUUACAAUGCUCAACUCCUGAAUUGAUUACUUCUUUGGCUCAAGAAGUCAUUGUUGAUGCAGUAGCUGGACAAUAUCAUUCUGUUGCAUUAACUUCGGAUGGAAGGGUCUUUACAUGGGGUUGGGGUGUUCAUGGUCAAUUAGGUCAUGGUAAUACUGAUAAAAAAAUGACUCCUACAUUAGUUACAUCUUUACUUGGUAUAGUUAUACGUUUUAUUACUGCCGGUCAUGCACAUACAUUGGCUCUUUCAAUAGAAGGUAUUAUAUAUGCAUUUGGUUGUAAUAUUUUUGGACAAUUAGGUGUGGGCAAUAAUAUUAAAAGUUCAGUACCAAUAAAAAUCUCAUUAUCAGAAAGAAUAAUUCUUAUUGCAACUGGAUAUUUUCAUAAUCUUGCAGUUAGUUGUACAAAUAAGUUAUAUAUCUGGGGAGCUAGUCCUCAAGUUCUUCGAUUGCAAGCACAAACACAAAAGCGGACUCGAAUAUUGGAACAACGAGAUAUAAAACAGUUAGAAAAUAUUGAUGAGUUCGAAAAAGUUGCAGAUUCCACAAAUAUGAAUGAUACAAAUGAAGAAGUUUUAGAAAAUGAUGCACAAAAUAAAAAUGCACAAGCAAAAAGUGGAAUUAAUACAGAAUCACGAAGAAAACAAUUAGAUAAUGUGUGUUUAAGAAAUGUAAAUGUCGGAUCACUUGAAGAGGCUCAAACUCAUUUAAAACCAACUAUUGUAGAUACUAGUUUAGUUAAAGGAAAUAUCAUACAGAUAUCAACUGGUUGUCAUCAUAAUGCUCUUGUAACAAAAGAUGGAUCACUUUAUACAUGGGGUAGAAAUUUAGAUGGACAAAUAGGCAAUGGUAGUCGACGAGAAGUUCCGAUUCCUACUCCACUGUGUUACAAUCCUGUUUCGAUUUUUGCACAAGUACCUCCAAGACAUAAUGCUUAUAAACGUACAGGAGAAGAACAAGAAAUAAAUGAUAUAAAAAAUAUUAUGAGUGAGAAAAACGGAAAUGUACAUAAUGAAAUUAAAUCGGAAAAUAAUGAAUCUAGAGAAAAAAUAAAUGCUAUAAUUAAAACUGUUGGAGUUUACUGUGGAUAUGAUUAUACAAUUGCUAUUCAACCAGGAGGUACAAUUUUAGCUUGGGGUAAUAACAGUAGAGCACAAUUAGGCCGACUUCCUGCAAAAGAUAUGCGUGAUACCGAUGAUAAACUUGUAUUAAUUAAAAAACGAGUUGUACGACUUCCUCAUACGUCGCAUGUAGCUUUGGACAUGCCCACUCAAGUUCCUAAUAUCCCCGCUCCCAUCAUUUCUUAUCAAAGUUAUGACAUAUCUUCUUUGGCAGGUACUAUUUGUCCUUUAAGUGUUAUUGAAAAAUCACCAGGAGAAUUGACAUUACAUUAUGCAUUAGAAUAUUUCUCUGGUUUGUAUGAUUCCUCGAAAAUUAUAGAAAAGUGUAUUGAAUUAGGAAAUUACCAAGCUUGCUCAAAAAUUGCUCUACUGCAACAUAAUAUUUCUGAAGCAUUUUCCUAUCAAUUGAAAAUUUUACAUUUACUGAGUCUCCAAUCUUGUUCAAAAGUGAAGUCUGAAAAUUUAUAUGAAGAAAUGGAACAAAAGUCUACUGAAGAAUCUGAUUUAAAGAAAUCUUCGUUAAAACAUGUUAAAAAAAAUACCGAACUUUUCAAUAGACAAGUAGAGAAGAAUCUGAUUGAUUCUGUUAAGGAUUGCGCUGCCAAAAACAAAAUGAAAAUUCCUGCCAGCAAAUCACUGAACAGUCUUCAAUUACUUCAACAAGAAUUGUACACAUUUGACUGUCAAGGAGGAUUAGAAGAAUUAUGCAAAGAUAUUAAAUGUGAGAAUACAUCUACAGAAAUUUUCGAAGAUAGUUUUGAUUCUGAUGUUAGUUCUGAUUCGGAGGAAUGGGUGGAAAAUCUUAUUUUGAAAGAAAAUCAAUUACGAAAGCAAGAAAAAAUAGGAAAAUUCACUGAAGAUAAUUCAGGAAUUUCCUCUAUGAAAAAAACAUUGGAUCAAUUGCCUAAAAAUAGUGGAGCAUUCAAUGAAAAAAAAAUUACACAAUUUUGGCAAAAUAAUAUAACCAAUGAAGCUAUAAAAGUAAUUAAGUUCUUUUUAAAUGAAAUGGAAAAUGAAACAGAUACUAUCAAAUGUAAAAUAUUACAAGAUGCACUUAAUUUUUGGAUUGAACAUGAUUUAGUUAUACAAACAAUAGAAAACGUAUUUUUAGAGCAUAUUCAAUCAAUUUUUUAUCCCCUUGGAUUAUUAUUAUUUUGCCAAGAAAUAAUGGAAAAAUAUUUGGAUAUAAAUAAAAAUGAUGCAAAAGUCAAAAGCUUUAUUGCAAUUGAUUAUUUUUCUAUUAAAUUUUGUUUUCAAAUAUGUUCCAUGUUACUACAUCACAUAGAUCAAGAUCAACCUAUGCCUGAAUUCAUUAAAUUAUUAUCUUCUUUAACGGCUGAUCAAUUUGGACCACCAUUAACUGGAUAUCCAGGCUCAAGUGGAAAUAAUACUUCAAAGCAAAUGAUGGAAGGAGUUAUAAGUACUAUAUCUUCUAAUAUUCAUGAUUCUAAAUCGUUUGUACAUAUUAAGGAUCCGAAUGAGGUAUAUCGAUUUCUCGAAACUGAAGAAGACACAAUGAUAUUCACAUGUGGACAUCACUUUUCAUUAUCUGCAUAUAAAAAUGAAAUAAUUCCAAUGAUGGAAACUGAAUUAUUAACAUCCGAAUCGUUAGUUCUUCCAUGUACAGCUCAGUACUUAGAAAAAAUGUUAUCUCAAACUACUAAACCAGAAAUAUUGUGUCCUUUAUGUAUUCCCAGAGCGUUGGAAACAUUAGUGAAGAAGUAUAAUGGAUGAAAAGUAUGUACCUGAAUUUUAUUUUAACAAAAAAAAACAAGAGUGAUAUAUGCAACUUUUUUUUAAAGAUCUCAAAAGAUUCUAUAAUAACACAUAUAAAAUAAACUUUUAAAUUAAUUUUAAUAAUCUAAAAUGUUGAAAAAAAACUGAAAUAUAGUGAAUAUAUAUUAAAUUAACAAUAUGUUUAAAUUUGCAACAAUACUUAUCUUUAUUACAUUGUAGAUAAGUAUCAUAAAAUAGUAUAAAGCUCUCUAUAUCUUUGAAAGCAUAUUUUUUAAAUUAUCUAUAUAUAAUUAUCUAUAGAUAAUUCUAUAUAGAUAUUAUAAUGCACUUUUAUUAUUUAAAUACAUCUUAUCA